CAAGCACUCUUGAUAUCACCGCUAAUAAUGAAUGUGAUAACUGAACUCGAGUGCACUCGAUCUCUUAUUCAAAUAAACAAGCAUGCCACAUUGGAUCCGUGGAUAUUGUUGAAGCAGCAGUGACAAAUAUUCUUGGCUGACAUCCUACGUAAUAAUAAUGCACUCAUUCAAAAAUAGACAAAGGCGGAAGCAACCAUUACCGACAUCGGGGAAGCAAACAUUUUCAAGAAACACAUGUGAUACACACAUAUGAUGUGGUACUCUAAGAUCUAAUUAAAGAAAAUACAAAUGCUUUUCUUACUACCAGAAGAAGACACCAUCUCCAAAUAAAGGCACAAAACCCAAAAAGAAAUUAGCGUGGCAGUACAAUAAUAACGUACGACAAUUGGAACAACUGAGCGACGUCGAGCGAGCGGCGAUAACACUCAUGCUCGUUGUCAUACGUGGAGUGACGCCGCUGUUCAGACGUCCUCUUUGUCGGCGCCUUUUCUGUCUUCCUUCACUCGUAAGUCACAUUGGAGGAGGUUCUUAUUCCCCUUCUUCCUUCCCCAAAAGUCUGUUCUCCUUGAAUGAAAAGACCCGAGUCACCCUCUGCAACAUGAAAAUGGAGUACCCAAAAGUGCGUCGCGAUGAAUCAUCGGUGGAGGAGCUCCAUGGUGUGAAGGUACCAGACCCUUACCGUUGGCUUGAGGACCCUGAUUCAGAGGAGACCAAAGAAUUUGUUGAAGCCCAGAAUGCAAUAACUAUGCCGUACAUUGAGAAAUGCAGUGCACGUGAAAGCAUCAAGGCACAGCUGACUGAGUUGUGGAACUACCCUAAGUAUUCAUGCCCCUUCCGAAGAGGGAAUAGGUACUUCUUCUUCAUGAACACAGGAUUGCAAAAUCAGAGUGUCAUGUACGUUCAGGAUUCUCUGGAUGGGGAACCUCAUGUCUUUUUAGACCCAAACACGCUGUCAGAAGAUGGAACGGUUGCCAUCUCUGGUUCGUCUUUCAGUGAGGAUGGAGAGAUUUAUGCUUAUGGGUUAAGUAGCAGUGGGUCUGAUUGGAUUACAAUUCAUUUUAAAAAGGUAGCAAGUGGCGAAGACUACCCUGAGGUACUGGAGAAGGUUAAGUUCUCCAGCAUAGCCUGGACACAUGACCACAAAGGCAUAUUUUAUGGGAGAUAUGUAGAACAUGCAGGAGUUGCAGAUGGCACAGAGGUUGUAAGUGAUGAAAACCAAAAGCUGUAUUAUCAUCGAGUGGGCACACCACAGAGUGAAGAUAUCCUGGUUGUGGAAUUCCCUGAUCACCCAAAGUGGCGAAUGUAAGUUAUGGCAAGUGACUAUUGUUAUUAGUUUGUAUUCUUUUCCUGGUACUCAUGUGAUAAUGUGAGUUUGUAGUGAUGUUGCGGCAAAAGUAUAGUGAAUAGUGCAAUUUUUUAAGAUGUACUUUGUCUUUCUCUGUUUAUGUGUUCCAGAUUAAAGUUUUCAAAUUUUAGAGAAAGAAGAAAUAUGUUUCAUACACAGGCCUGAUAGACUUGAUGGAGAUUGAUCUAACAACUUUAUUUUCUGACUUGUAAAUGCAAAACCUACCUGUAACUGUGUGGUAGCCCAGCUCGAGUGUCAGACUGUGGGCGAUUCCUGAUUCUCAGCCCCAUGGAAUUUGGUCAUCAUGAUCACUUGUAUAUUGCCCUCCUUCCUUGUAUCUGGGGACUUGACAUCGAAGGCAUGUUGUUGCUCCUUACAAUCAUUUCAUGCAAAACGGGACGUUUCUGUGGUGUAGGUAUUUCAUUAACCAAACCAUUUAUAUUUGGAAUUUCAGUGACAUAUGGUAGAUACAUAUUCAUAUACAUUUCUUUAAAAAGAUAAUGGUCAUCUUUUCCAUAAAAGAAUUUCAAUAAUCCUCCCAUUUUUUUAAAAUAUUGGAUGAAUGCUGUUUCUAGAGUGCUCGAGGAAGGAGACCACCCAUGGUUCAGUCAUAUGUGAAUGAUGAGAUUAGUACACAGGUAUCAGUUUUUGUACGGUGUUGAUAAGGUGGUAGAUGGUUGCCUAUCAUAUUUUUAGUUUGCAAAACCACCAAGGUACAAGUUUCUGCCACAGCUGUUUUUGGUAUUGUUCUUUCCGCAAGGUUUUUUCUCCCCCAAUUUUUAUUUUUAUUUUUACCCAGCUAUUCUGCCUUUUCUAACUGCAGGAUAAGUCUUUAUUGUGGAAUUUGAGGAAUUCCUAAAGAUAUUGUUUGAUGUAGGUCCUUUGGAAUACUUAAUUUUUAAAAUGAAAUAUUACUGUUUUUUAUGUUCUGAUUUAUUUACUGCUUAGUGUCCAGUCAGUGACUUAGA